AUGAGCGUACAAAACCCUUAAGAAACUACAAGCUUAAAAACUGAUAUAGAAACCCAAAGAUUACAAGAAAAAUAAGAAAAUGCUGAAGUAGCAGAAACAUUAUUGGGAAUAUUAUUUGCUUUCUUUGUAAUUGUUGAUGUUAUGUUACUUGUUGGUUUAUGGCUUUUAAAAAAAGAACAUAGUAUUUUAUAAAUGCAUGUCGUUUUUUCAGCUUUAUAUAUUAUAAUUGCACUUGUUUUGAUUAUUUCUAUAACUGUAUAUGAUGAUGUUGCUUGUGGAACUCUUCACACUUUUGCUAUGAUUUAUUAUAUUGGAUUUUAUGCUACUAUAUUAGUAAAACUUGUUUUAUGGUGCAUUUUAUUAGUUUUUAAGUAUUCAGAUAGCAAGGAUAAAAAAAACUGA